GUUAAACGUGUAUCAGCUGAGCUGGCUGAUGUGAAAACCCGGUUUGACAUUACGUUAUUUUAGAACAUAACUAUAAAUUAUUGGGAUGGAGAAUGACAUACUCGUCUCUCUUGAAGAUUUAGGGUACCAAGGCCCACUGUUGGAGGAAGGGUCUCUGGACUCUGCUGUGAGUGGAGGGGCAGCUUCACCUGAAUUCACUAAACUCUGUGCCUGGAUCGUCUCAGAGCUUAGACUCUACAGCAAGCUGGAGGAAAAUGUCCAUGCCACUAACUGUCCGAGCGAGGCGGAGGGUUUCCAGCUGGAGAUGAGCGGUCUACUGUCAGAGCUUGCCUGUCCUUACUCUGCCCUCACUAGCGGAGACAUCACCCAGAGGCUUCUCAACAGGAACGACUGCCUGCUGUUGCUCACAUUUCUGGUGUCUGAGUUGGAGGCAGCGAGGAUGAUCCUGGUUAACAAACCUCAGAAAAAAGCCCAGGAGUCAGGCAGCCCCAUGUUCCAGGAACUGAAGGGCAUCUGCAUGGCGCUGGGAAUGUCCAAGCCUCCGGCCAACAUCACCAUGUUCCAGUUCUUCAGUGGAAUUGAGAAGAAGCUGAAAGAAGCCAUGAGUAGAGUCCCACCAAAUCACGUUGGAGAGCCUUUGAUGAAGAAGGCCCUUGGACCUGUGCACAUGGAAAAAAUUGAAGCUAUAAACCAAGCACUUGUUAAUGAGUAUGAAGUGAGAAGGAAGAUGUUGUUGAAACGUCUGGAUGUGACAGUGCAGUCUUUUGGUUGGUCUGACAGAGCAAAGACACAGGCUGAAAAGUUGGCCAAAGUUUACCAGCCUCUGCGUACUGCCCUCAACACCAAAAGCAUAAUCUCUGUUGCCCACCUUCUUUCUGCUCGACAAGACUUCUCAAAAAUCCUACGUACAAGCAGUGGCAAGAUAAGAGAGAAGACUGCUUGUGCUAUUAAUAAGGUUCUAAUGGGCCGAGUGCCGGACAGAGGAGGCAGACCCUGUGAGAUUGAGCCUCCACCUCCAGAGAUGCCUUCCUGGCAGAAGCGUCAGGAUGCACCCCAAGGCGGAGGACACUACGGUGGGGGUGGGCAUGGAGGCGGUAGGGGGGGCUACGAUCACUACUCCCAAGGUGGCCGUGGAGGCUAUGAGAGGGGAGGAGGAGGACAUGGAGAGAGGGGGGGUAGAGGAGGGGGCGGCAGAGGGGGGAAGGUGCAGGGUGGCUGGGGAGAUGGAGGUGGUGGAGGGAGAGGUGGUUACAACCAAGGCCACUAUCAAGACGCAGGAGGUCAUCAAGGGGGAGGAGGCAGAGGAGGUUACGGAGGAGGAGGAGGGAACAACCAAGGAGGCUUCCAGGACUCUGGCUACCAUGGAGGAGGUGGAGGAGGUGGUUACCAUGACAGUUACCACCAAGAUGGAGGCUGGCAUCAGGAGAGAGGUGGGGGUCGAGGAGGUCGGGGGGGCAGGGGAAGAGGAGGCCGAGGAGGAGGAGGACAAGGGGGAGGCUGGGGAGGAAGAGGUGGCCAGAAUUUCAACCAAGGAGGACAGUUUGAACAGUUCUUCCAACAUGGCGGGCAGCACUACAACCAAGCAGGCUUUAAUCAAGGUCGACACUACACUAGUUGAAGACACAGUGUGGGGCAUUGCAGCAGAGUCCACUCAAAGAUCGACUAUUUGCCAUGUGUCAACAAAUCUAAAAUGCCUUAUUUUAUUAUACAAUCUUGAAUUUUCAGCAUGGUUAAAAAUUGGCUAAGGUCACUAGUCACACACAUACAGAUACUGUCUACACUCUACAGACUGUUUUUGGAGUUAUUGCUUUCCUGCUAGAGGGCAGUUCUAAUUUGGCCCGUUGCUUUUCCAUACUAGUGUGUUAAUUUUUUCUCUGCCUCCUCAAUAUGCCAACAGCUCUCUGCUAUAAAAAGUUAGUUGAUUAACUGGACUCUGUUGUUUUGGCCCCAUUUUGACACUUAAUUAGCCUUAUAUUGGACACCCUUUGAAAGACAGCCAAGAUUCCUCAGAUUUCAGUGUUGGUGCACCUAUUGCAUAUCUGACAUUAGAAGUGGACAUCAUUAUUACUGGUAGGAUUCUUGAAAUCCUUAAUAGUUAAAUUAAAUUUGAUGAUUACUUGAAAACCGCUUCAUCUUUGCAGUCUUCAUUUUGUUUCAAUAGAUUUGACUGGAGUCUCCUUUGUUACUUAUUUAAGAGAUGUCAUCUUGUUCUGCUCAUGGAAGAUUGUGUGCAUACAAAUAUGGAUGUUGGAUUGCAUGAAUGUGUGACUGAGCAAUAAAAUCUAAAAUGAAAA